AUGGCAACUAGCAAACCAAGUCGCACAAAAAAAAUUCACUCAACAUCUGGUCUGUUCAGGAGUACAACUGCAAAUCAACACAACAACAUUAAUGAAAACAAUGCUGAUUGUAGUAAUACAACCAAGCAACUAAAACGUGUGAUUAACAACGUAGACACGUUUACUGGUGGUGAAGAAUGUGUUAAAUUCAUUCGAGCCAUUAACAACAACAAAGUAUGUAUGGUUGUUUCUGGUUCACUUGGACAACAUAUUGUGCCUCAUGUGCAUGGUAUGGCACAAGUAGACACCAUUUUCGUUUUUUGUAACAAUCAAGAAUGGCAUCAACAAUGGGCCAAAGAAUGGUCCAAAAUAAAAGGAGUCUUCACAGAAAUAACAUCAAUCUGUGAAGUUCUUAAACAAGCCGCUCACCAGUGUGAGCAAAAUACCACAUCAAUCAGCAUUGUGGCGCCAAACAAAAAGUUGGAUCAAUUAGAUCGAUCAUUUAUGUAUACUCAGAUCUUGAAAGAGAUCUUAUUAACCAUCGAUUUUGAAGAUAAACAUUUCAAAGAAUUUAUUACUUAUUGUCGUGACGUAUAUAAUAAUAAGGGACACGAAUUAGAAAAUAUUAAUAAAUUACAAGCUACCUACAAAAACAAGAUACCCAUAUGGUGGUAUACAUGGGAUGCAUUUUUAUAUCGUAUGCUCAAUCAAGCAUUAAGAACAAUGGAUGCUGACAUUAUUGUUCGAAUGGGUUUCUUUAUUAAGGAUCUACAUCGUGAUAUUCAACGGCUACAUUCGGAACAAUUUAAUGGUGAUCAGUCUGAUAAAACAUUUACAGUUUAUCGCGGGCAAUGUCUUUCAAAAGAAGAUUUCACCAAAAUGACAAAAACUAAAGGUGGACUUCUUUCAUUUAAUAAUUUUCUAUCAACUAGUAAAAAUCGUGAGGUUUCUCUCUUAUUUGCACCACAAGCUGCUACAAAUCCUGGACUUGUUGGAAUUCUAUUUGUUAUGUCCAUUAAUCCUACAUAUUCAACAACUCCAUUUGCUUGUGUUACAGAUGUUAGUUAUUUUCAUACAGAAGAUGAAGUUCUCUUCUCUAUGCAUACUAUUUUCCGUAUUGGAGACAUUAUACCAAUGGAUGGAAAUAAUGAUCUAUAUGAAGUGAAUUUAACAUUGACCAAUGACAAUGAUCAAGAUCUUCGUACUCUUACUGAUCGCAUACGAGAAGAGACCUUUCCAAACCAAGAAGGACGGGAGAGAUUAGGAUUAUUGCUAAUUAAUAUGGGUCAGUUUAACAAGGCUCAAGAAGUUUAUGAAGUUUUACUUCAUCAAACAACGGAUGAAAGUGAUAAGGCAUCUAUUUAUCAUCAACUAGGUCGAGCCAGAUAUAAACAAGGAGAAUCUACAGAAGCACUUACAUACUAUGAUAAAUCACUCGCUAUCUAUGAAAAGACACUUCCUUCCAAUCAUCUUGAUUUGGCUCAUUGCUAUAACAACAUCGGUGCGGUCCCUUCAAUCAAACAAAAAUUACUUCCUCCCAAUCAUCCUGAUUUUGGAGCUUUCUAUAACAACAUCGGUUUAGUGUAUGACCAUAUGUGCAACUAUUCAAAAGCUCAUUCAUUUUAUGAACGUGCUGUACAAGUUGCACAACAAUCAUUACCAACAAAUCAUCCUAAUCUUCGAAAAUGGAAAAAAGACCUCGAAGACAUAAAAAAGAAAUUAUAA